CCCAAGCACACCCAGAGUCAGGUGCCUAGAGUGCCUGGCUCAUGGGGGAAUCCCCCAAUGCACUGCAUUACUCACGCGGUGCAUUUUGGGCUUCCUGGAGGCUGGUACUUGUUUUUCUGGCCUCCAGUGAUCCACGCUCCUUGGAAAAGCACCGAUCAUGUGGGCAUGCACCGGCGCACUGAAGAGCAGCAGUACAAUCAUCUGGGGAGAAGCCACAAGUCAUACUGGGCUUUGCAUGCUGCUUCCUCCUCCGUUGCUGUGCCUCUGCCCAGAUUUGGUGAGCGGCCCCGGCCCAAGGUGCCGGGGAAGAUGACACCGGCCCAUUUGCUGAUACUCUGGCCGCUGGUUCUGCUUCUCUGCCAUCCAGCAGCAUCCAUCCAGUUACCCCCAGACUAUGACCAAAAGAACAUACUGCAACCACCUGAAUUCAAAGAGCAGCCAGAGGCGGAGAUUGUUGUGUUCCCCACUGAUGAGGUCACCCUGAAAUGUGAGGCCACCGGGAAACCUAAACUGACGUUCCGCUGGACCAAGGAUCGACAACUGUUUGACCCGCACCAGGAGCCAGGGGUGACGAUGCGGGAUGACUCGGGGACUCUGGUCAUCACUACGAACAAUGGGAAUGUGGCAACCAAGUUCCAGGGAGUGUAUCGGUGUUACGCCAGCAACGACCUGGGCACUGCCAUGAGCACAGAGGGCCGCAUUGUUGCUGAGAGUGCCCCACAAUGGCCCAAAGAGAAGGUAGCAUCAAUUGAAGUGGAGGAACAGGCCGCUGUGAGCUUACCCUGCAACCCACCAACCAGCGCUGUCCCCCCAAAAAUCUACUGGCUCAACAGCAAGAUUGAACACAUUACCCAGAAUGAACGAGUCACCAUGGGCCAGAAUGGGAACCUUUAUUUUGCAAACGUGGAGAUGAAUGACAGCCAACCGGACUAUAUUUGCAAUGCUCAUUUCCAAGGUCCCCGAAUCAUCAUCCAGAAGGAGCCUAUUGAACUAAAAGUCCAUCCCAGCAACUCUUUACAGGUCCAGGAGUUGGGUCUAAUGCUGCCAGAGGGGGCAUCCAGCACCUAUGUGGCGCUGCAGGGAAAAACCCUGGUGCUGGAAUGCAUCGUGAAGGGAUACCCAACACCAUCUUUGGAAUGGGUCAACGUCAAUGGGCUGAUGCCUUCAGGUCGGACAGAAUUUGACAACUACAACAGAACCCUGCGCAUCCAUGGAGUCGUGGAGGAUGACGACGGAGAAUACCAGUGCAUUGCUCACAACAAACAUGGCACUAUUCGCCACAAAUACUAUGUGACUGUUGAGGCUGCUCCAUCCUGGAGAAAAAAACCAGAGAGCCACAUCUAUGGGCCAGGGGAGGAAGUGCGUCUGGACUGUGAGGUCUAUGGGAAACCCAAACCAAAAGUGUCAUGGAGAAUAAAUGGGGUCCCUUGGAACGAGCUUCAGCAAGACCCCAAAAGGACCCUAAACCACCAAGGAUCUCUCAUCUUUAGCCGGGUGCAGCCAAAUGAUACAGCCGUGAUCCAGUGCGAGGCCCACAACAAGCAUGGAAGACUCUUGGCCAAUGCUUACAUGCAUGUUGUCCGUCUGCCAGCACAGAUCCUGACUGCAAAUGGGCUACACUACAAUGUGGUGAUUAACCAGACAGCCAGUUUGAACUGCAAGACUUUUGGGGCGCCUCGGCCCAAAGUGAGAUGGUUUAUGGACGACAUGUUCCCCACCCUAGGAGAAGACCGCAUGUUUGAACACAUAAAUGGAACUCUGCAGAUUGAGCAAGUCGAGCUUCAGGAUGCAGGGAACUAUACAUGCGUGGCUCAGAAUGAUCAGAACAAUGUCUCCAUCAUUGCCCACCUUGUUGUCAAAGAGGCCACACAGGUAGAGGUGAAGCCUGCGUACGUAGAGGCGAAGACCGGCUACAGUGUGACGUUCCAUUGUAUGGUGCAGUUCGACAAAUCCCACAAACAGGAAACCAAGUGGCACCGAGAUGGGAAGGACAUUGAGGAGCCAGAUGACAGUGACAAAUAUUUCAUCAAUGGCACAUCUCUGACAAUCACCGACCUGAAAUACUCUGACCAAGGAACAUACAGCUGCCUGGCUUCGACAGAUUUCGACUCUGUGGAGAAAAGUGCCAAGCUCUUGGUGGUCGGCAAGCCUGGCCCUGUGACAGAUCUGGAAGUGGAGAAACAGCAGGAUUGGCAAGUGAAGCUGACAUGGACACCAGCCGAGGAUCACAACUCUCCUAUCCAGAAGUAUAUUGUUUAUUUUGAAGAAAGCUUCUUUGAGCCAGAUCAAUGGAAGCGGUUUACCAGUGUACCAGGAAACCAGCAGUGGGCUCAACUUGAUCUCUCUCCAUUUGGAAAGUAUCGCUUCAAAGUACAGGCCAGAAACAAACACGGUGACAGUGAUGUAAAACUAAGUUCCACCUCUAAAUAUUACGAAACGAGUCCAGCAGCCCCUGAGCGGAAUCCAUCUGAUGUCCAUGGAGAGGGAACUGAGCCCAGAAAUAUGAUCAUCAGCUGGACGCCUUUGCCCCGCAUAGAUUGGAAUGCCCGAACAGUGAAAUACCAUGUGCAGUGGCGGCUGAAGAACCAAGGCCAAUGGAACGAGACAGAAGUUGAGGAGCCUCCUGUGGUGGUGACAGACACUCCUAUCUUCUCUCCCUAUGAGAUCAAGGUGCAGGCGCGUAAUGAUCAUGGCAAAGGCCCGGAACCUCUCAUCUUCACUGGCUACUCAUGGGAAGACAUUCCAGAGGCUGUCCCAGAGAAUCUGGCAGUUGAGGUGAUCAACAACACUACCAUCAAACUCUCCUGGUUUCUGUCUGACAAAAAGAAAGUUUGGGGCCGCCUCAAGGGAUUCAAGGUUUAUUACACCAGGUUGGGGACUGUGGCAGAGUAUAAACACCAGAAGUCCCAUCCCCAUGCACACCAUGGUGACCUGCUGAUCACAGGGGAUGUAAAUGAAGGCACACUGGAGGGCUUCCAUCCCUGGAGUCAUUACCGGGUUCAGAUGGCUGUGGUGAAUGGGCGGGGGGAGGGGAACAAAAGCGAACCCAUAGACUUUGACACACCUGAGGGAGUCCCUGCCAAGCCUGAAUCCUUUCACUUGGAUUACCUCUCGGAUACAGCGUUGGCUCUAGAGUGGUUGCCCCCCCAAUCCCCCAAUGGAGUUUUGCUGAAAUAUGUAUUGAAAUAUCUGCAAGUCAACCAGACAGAAGUGGACAACAACGGCAUCAUAAUCCCAGCCACCCAGCUUGCGUACAACCUCACUGACCUGGCCCCCCAAAUUCCCUACAAGUUCUACUUGCAAGCGGAAACCAGAGAGGGCAUGGGAGAGAUCUCUUUCCUAGAGGAGCAUUCAGUGCGUGAGUCAGUGAACAUGUCCCUGAUGAACAUCAGCUUGGGUGAGACUGGGGAGAAUUACACUACCAUCCUCUGGAUCCCGCGUCCCAACCAGCGAGACAUGGAGUUUGCAGUUCACAUUAUGAGCAAGUCUGACAGAGAAGACUGGCGUGAUGUAGGGAAGGCCACUUCCAGUCAGGGCUCAUACAGCAUCCCAGACCUGGAGCCUGGCAAGCAGUAUCGGGUCCGACUUGUGAAGGUCCAUCGAACAGGGGAUAAUCAAACCAUCUGGCAAACGGAUGUGGAAACCAGUGGUGUGGUCAGUGAAAGAUACAGGGGCUUUGCCAAAGAAGGUUGGUUCAUCGGCUUUGUCAGCGCCAUCGUCCUCCUCAUCCUAGUUCUGGUGCUUCUCUGCUUCAUCAAGCGCAGCAAGGGCGGCAAGUACUCGGUUAAAGACAAAGAAGACACACAAGUGGAUUCAGAGGCCAGACCCAUGAAGGACGAGACCUUUGGAGAGUACAGAUCCCUGGAGAGUUCAUCCAUGCUUAGAAUUAGCGAUAAUGAGGAGAAGCCUUUCACAAGCAGCCAGCCCUCCCUGAAUGGCGACAUCAAGGCUCUGGGGAGUGAUGACAGCUUGGCGGACUAUGGAGGCAGUGUGGAUGUCCAGUUCAAUGAGGACGGCUCCUUCAUUGGCCAGUACAGCGGUCACAAGGGCAAAGAUGGAGGCGGAAAUGACAGCUCAGGGGCCACCAGCCCCACCAAUGUGGCUACUGUCUUGGAGUAAGAGGGGGCAUUUCCCCAAAGGAUGCCCCCAGCCCUGGGGAAAGAGGAUUUCCCUGUGGAUUAUUGGGGGGCAAAGGAGUAAUCCCUCCCUCACCAAGGGAAAGAAACAAUUUCCUCAUAAAGAAAUCAUCUCCCUCAAUGGAAAAAGUAAUUGGGGGAAUUCACCCCUUUGUUUACUACCUGACCCCCCCAAAAUCAGGGAGGGUUAGAAAAUCAGGGGAUUCCCAGAAUUACCCACCCAACCCUAAACAAAGUCAUCCUCUCAUUUCUCUCCCCGCCCCUCUGCCCCCAGCAGUUAUCCUUCAGCCAAAUUAUGUAUGUAUGUGUAUGUGGCGGGAAGGGAGGGGGCAAUGACAGGACCAAAGGGAUGAGCUUCUGUAGGGGCAGGUGGGGCUUCAUCAGUGAGGCUCUAGGUUCAGAAUUGCCAAAAGAAUGGAUGCUCUCUUCCCAAGCCCCAGAAAUGUUUAUUAUUGGUACAGGUUUGGGGAGGGGUGUUGCAAAGUCCCAUCCCCACCCCAAAGAAGGGAAGGAGACCAAAUAGCUGGUGACCUAGUAGGGUUCGGAAGCUGGGAACUUUAAGGUCCUUUCUCUGCUCUCGUUGAGGAAGGGUGCCCAGUGGGUUAAGUGGGAAGUCUGGGCACCAGAUUCUUUGUGUUGGAUGAUCAAUUAUGGGAAAGGAAUGAAUAUGUUGGAACAUUAGAAGGGAAUGGAUUUUGCCAUGCACCCACUUCCUGCCAUGGAUUAAGCCAAUGGUCUCCUAACACUUUUACCUGGGGGAGUUGUACACUAGCUGAAGCCCCUGAACUCUGCUCCCUAGACCUGCCAAUCCUUCUUCCCCUUUUGCUUUAUUUCCAAACCACAUCUUAUCUAGGAGGCAGUUCUCUUUCAAGCUUUCUACCUUGAGGAAACUCUUUCCUCCUCGACUUGUCUGCUGAGGAACUCCUGCAUGUCUGUCAUGGAACCCCUGGAAUGCUGAGUUGCAAAAGAUCCCGGGGCAUCUUCCAGGACUCACACUUGGUUUGUGAGGGGAACUGGGCCUCACACUCUCCCCUUGUGAACCGAGUGGAAACCAUCACAUACCCAACACUCCUCUGUAGCUACAUAUUGUAAGGGAUGAAGGGUAGUAGUGGCAAGCUGUUGUUAAAGGAAAUUGGCCCACAACAUUUCCAGUUUUGUUGAGGAAGGAACUCCUCAUAAACUUUCAAGAGAACCCUGAAACACAGUUUGGAAACUGUUGUCAGAACUCUGUUCCCCUCUGGUGCUGAAUUUCCCACUUAGAUUCUCUCUUUUUUACUUUUUUGGGUGCCACAUUAAUUCAUGUUCUUUUCUUUAUGAUGACCAAAACCUAGGGUUCCUUUCACUGGGCAAAAUUCCCACCAUUUCACAACCCUCCUCCUCUUUCCUUCUUCCCCACCUCCAGCCUCCCCCACAAACAACGGAUAAACCCAAGAACCUCCCUGCUUCUUGAAUGCAUCUCACGCAGCUGCCUUGCGACACGUUCUGUCUUUCAAAAGUGGCCUCUUGUUCACCGAAUCAGCCCCUCACCCCACCUCCCAUCUCCACCUCUGUCUGGUGUAUUUUUUCCCCUCUUGCUUGUCAAGGAUGAAAUACAUCCUUGCUUUUUUUGCAUAAAAAUUAAAAAAAAAAAUAAAAAAAAAAUAAAAGUACUCUGAUGUUUUGAGCAGCCCUAUACGGAAUAAACCCUGCCUUCUCCCUGUUCUGUAAAUAUUUCAAACCCUUGUACUCGAGUUUGUUUUAGAUGUCUUAGGACUGGUGUUUUGAAGUCUUCUAGUUGGUCUAUUUAGAUGGCUUGGAACUUAAACAAAAUUAAGGAAAAAAAAACAUUUAAAAAGGUCCCUUUAUCCUGAUCUGUGAUGCCAUCCCCCCACCCUCAAGCCUUCCUGCCCUGUGUAUUCUUCUCUUUUGUCAGGUCUGUUGCUAUCUACCUUUCUCUCUCGAUGGCUUUUUUAUAUAUAUAUAUGUAUAUAUAAACAGAAUUAUAAAAUGGUAAAUAAAUGCUGAAAUUGGA